AUGCAACAAAGAGAAAAGGAGACAUUCCGUGAAUACGCGCAAAGGUGGCGCGAAAUUGCAGCACAGGUUGUUCCACCUAUGGAAGAAAAGGAGAUGACGAAAGUGUUCUUAAAGACUCUUGAUACUUUUUAUUACGAGAGGAUGAUUGCAAGCGCUCCUACAGACUUUACUGACAUGGUAAACAUGGGAGUCCGUUUAGAGGAAGCAGUUCGAGAAGGGCGUCUAGUUAGAGAAGGAAGUUCAUCUUCAAGCGGGGCAAAGAGGUAUGACGGUUUUAUGAAAAAGAAGGAACAAGAAACUAAUGUUGUGUCCUAUAAUCAUCCAAGAAGGAUCAAUUAUCCUUACCAUUCCCAACACCAACAUAUAGCAACCGUGACUCCAGUAAUCACUUCCGCUCCAGUUCAAGUCCAAUACCCUCAGCAGCGUAUCAACCGCUUCCAACAGAAUACUCAGUAUCAGCAACAACAUCAACCUCAACAACAUCAACAUCAGUUACAACAACGUCCACCACAGCAACAAAGAAGAACCAAUUUUGAUCCAAUUCCGAUGUCAUAUGCAGAAUUGUAUCCAGCUUUGAUCGCUAAAAACCUUGUGCAACCACGACCACGACCUCCUGUACCAGAAGUGCUACCUUGGUGGUACAAGCCAGAGGUAUCUUGUCCCUUUCAUCAGAAUGCUCCAGGUCAUGACUUAGACAACUGUUUUGCUUUAAAGUUGGAAGUACAGAAGUUGACAAGAGCAGGUAUCCUGACCUUCAAGAACAUGGGUCCCAAUGUGAAGGACAAUCCAAUGCCAAGUCAUGGUCCUUCAUCAGUGAACAAUAUAGAAGUUUGUCUCAAUGAACAACGUGUUACGAAGAUAGAGGAGAUUCGGCAGUCUUUGGUUGAAAUUCAUUCUGUUUUAUGUGCUCAUGGUCUAUUCCAACAUGACCACCAGAUCUGUGGUACAUGUUCAGUCAAUUCAAGAGGUUGUAGAAAGAUUCAAGAUGAUUUGCAAGGCGUCCUUGAUCAGGGUUUGAUUCAGAUUUCUAGACAAGUGAGUUCUCCAGAAUCACAAGAACAAGAGGUGAAUGUCAUCAUUCCUUGCUUCAACAUUCCAGAGAAAGUAGAGAUAGCUUAUCAUCCGAGGGAGCCAGUGGUGAUUUGCCCUCCGGGCCCAAUGCCUUACACUUCAGAUAAAGCGGUCCGCUACCGCUAUGCAGCAACUAUUAUUGAGAACGGUAAAGAGGUCGAGAUUAAAACCUUAGCCUCAGUUACCAAUAUCGCAGCAAAUAGCUGA